UUUGCUUAUAACUUGACGCCGGAAACGAACUACACCACGCCGGCGCUUACGCAUGACGACCCAACUAACGCGACAAGCUAAUAAGCUAGCUGAAUGACAGUCACGAACUCGAAGGAGCGGAGCUAACGUCAGUUUAACUUUUACCGAGCUAAUCCACACCUGAAACACAGAGACAGCUGGGUGUCUCUCCAUCACAGAGCCUCCGUCACCAUGACAGACAACAAGCGUCUCGCCUUCUCCAUCCUCCAGUUCCUCCACGACCAGCUGCAGACCGGGAGCCUGUCCUCUGGAGCCCAGGAGAGUCUGGAAGUUGCUGUCCAGUGUCUGGAGACGGCGUUCGAGAUUUCUACUGACGACCAAACGCUCGCCGUCCCCAUGACGUUACCGCAGAUCUUCGCCUCCGCCACCGCCAACCUUCCUGCUGAGUCGCAGGUCAACAACAACGCCCCCCGACAGCCUCCGAACUCCCUCAGCGAGGAGCAGAGAGAAGAAGCCGAGGCGCUGAAGACCGACGGGAACGACCAGAUGAAGGUGGAGAACUUCUCGGCUGCUGUUGAGUUUUACUCGAAGGCGAUCGCCAUCAACCCUCAGAACGCCGUCUACUACUGCAACAGGGCUGCAGCCUACAGUAAACUGGGGAACUAUGCCGGAGCGGUGCAGGACUGUGAACAGGCGAUCUGCAUCGACCCAAACUACAGCAAAGCCUACGGGAGAAUGGGACUUGCUCUCGCCAGCCUCAACAAACACACAGAAGCAGCCGGUUACUACAAGAAAGCUCUGGAGCUCGACCCCGACAACGAGACGUACAAAUCCAACCUGAAGAUCGCAGAGGAGAAGAUGGAGACCACCAGCCCAGUAAGACCAGGAUAUACACUAUAA